UGGUUCAUCCAAACUAGUAAUGCUUUGAAUGGAUUUCCUUUUUGUUUCUGUUAUCUAUAUAUUUUGUCUUGUUUUGCCUUCACACUUGUCCAUGCACAUGGAUAUGGGGCCUGCAAACUAUGUCUCUGUUCUGCUCUACGUUAUAGAUUAAUAAAUGUCAUUAUAAAGACACACGAAAAGCAUCAAGCUGGUGUUCUUCAAUUGUUGAGACUAGUAGUAUAUGAAUAAUCAUUCAAUGAACUUGCAGAAGGCAAUGGCAAGGAAGCCAAUCUUUGGGACUGUAUUUAUUGGGAUAGUGCUGCUUCUACUUGGAGACUUUAAUCAAGCUUUAACAACAGAGUCUCCAGCACCUCAGCCACAACCACCUCAGACAGAACUACCUCCAACAGAACCAUCUCCUACACAACCAUCUCCGACAGAGCCAUCUCCGACAGAGCCAUCUCCGACAGAACCAUCUCCGACACAACCAUCUCCGACAGAACCAUAUCCGAUACAUCCAUCUCCAACACAACAUCAUCUGACACAUCCAUCUCCGACACAACAUUCUCCUGACCUUCCCAUGAAUGGUGGCACUCCAGGUAGUCUACGGCCUGAAGAUUGUGGACCGAGAUGCAUGGGGAGAUGCGCAAAGACUGCGUUCAAGAAACCAUGUAUGUUCUUCUGUAGAAAAUGUUGCGCCAAGUGCUUAUGUGUGCCUCCUGGGACAUAUGGAAACAAGCAUAUGUGCCCUUGCUACAACAACUGGAAGACCAAGAGAGGAGGCCCCAAGUGCCCUUAGUAACAUCACUCGAUUCCUCCAUCACUACCACCCAUAUGGUCAUAUCUAUCUAUUCUCAAAUCUAGCUAUUUUGUCAUUCUCAUGGUUAGCUACCCGCUUACUCAGUGGGACAGAUCGUGCCGCUCAGUUUAGACUUUCUUCGUGCAAGUCAUUUAUGGUGUAGACACAAAAAUAAAUUCUAGUAGUUUUUCUUCC